GUCGUCGCCAUCGUCAAUCGACGGCUGCAUCUCCCAGUCGCCCCCAUCCCCCUCUUUUCUUCGUGUUCGUCGCAAGCACAUCGUCCACUCUUCUCCGGUCGCAGAUCUGCGAUUUUCCCAAUUCUCGCCGGUUUUGAAGCUUUGCAAAAUCAAAACAAAAAUCGAGUGAAGUUUUAGAUCUGGGUGGAUUGGGAGGAAGAACUGGUGUCAGCAGGGUCGGUGGUGGAAGGUGGAGUGACGGAGUGUGAGGAGAUGAUAUGGGUUUGGAGUUGGGGUUGGUGGUGGAAGGAGAGGGAGAAGAGUUCGACAGAGGGAUAGAGGGGAAGG